CGACAACAGUGCCACGUCAGACACAGUGCCACGUCAACAGUGCCACGUCAGCAGUACCACGUCAGACACAAGGCCACGUCAGCAGUGCCACAUCAGCAGUGCCACGUAAGUAGCAAUGCCACGUCAGCAACAUGACGGGCCUGCCAGGCCAACUGCCCAACGAGUCUCUUGCAGCCUACAAGCAGCGUUCCAGGCUCAGAUAGAGGCUGAGGAACAACGCCAGCUGGCAACCGAGGCUGCCUGCGUACAGGCUGAAGAGGCAGCAGCAGCAGAGCAACUGCAGCUACAGGCCGAUGCAGACGCAGAUGCCCAGGCUCGCCGCAAGGAAGCCCAGGAUCUGCUGCAGCGGCAUGAAGCCAACAGCAUCGACAGACUCAAGUUCUGGCAUUUUGAACCGAACGGCGACGAGGCAACACCGGAAGAGAAGCACAAGGAGUUCCUCUCCAAACUCGUGACAAGGUUGUUGUACGCUUGCAACUACCAACGGCCAGAGUUGGAGAGACAGUACCAGGACCUGACGCAACAGCAUCAGGAGUUGCCAAAGCUCCGCCGCAUGGUGCAGAGCCACGAGGAUGCAACUCGGGCACUCAAUGCCCGAUUGCUCGACCUGGAACAGGCUGUACCCGGACCAGCUGCUUGGGCUUCCAUCAGUGCACCCUCUAGCCGCCAACUGAAGGACCGCGUUGACCACGUAGUGGCAAUGCUCGGCGACAUCAGCACUUUCGUUGCGCUGACCACCACCAUCAGCAGUCAGCUGCAUACAUUGAAGACCAAGGUCCAGCAGCUGCAGACGACGAACGAGGAUGGCAACCCGAAGAUGUAUGAGAUGCCAACUUUCAAUCUGGAGAGGUUCGACGACUACACGCAGCAGGAUCCGGUCCUCUGGUGGGAAGCAUUCACAACGCAACUCAGGAUUCUACCCGUAGCCAAGCAUGCGUACAUCGGCGCCCUCUUCCUGAACUCAAAGGGCGGAUGCCAGACCUGGUUGAGCCACCUGGCAACCUCCCACGGCGUCGACGUACCAGACUUGAAGGGCAAAAUCACAUGGGAGGAACUGACACGGCUGUGGAAGAAGCGGUUCAUCGUCGACGACGCGCCGGCACUCGCCAUCAACCGUCUGUUCACCAUGUCACAGGGCAACACUGCAACAUGGGACUGGCUCACAGAGUGGCAGAAGAUUGCGGCAGUGCCCAAUUUGGACCUGCCUUUCACUCAUCUCAGAUGUGAAUUCUACAACAGAUCCUGUGCGGCAUUGAGCCAGGCUCUUGGCGAUCGCGAGCAGUACUCAACCUUCGCUGAAAUCAUUGACAAGGCGAGGGAGAUCAUCAAGACCAACAGGUCAGCUGCACACAAGAAGUCACCAUGGCAGCCGACCUAUGUGGAGAAGGUACGAACUGCUUCGCCGCAAUCUAUCGCCGGGGAUUCGACGUCAUGGUCAAGACUUGAAGAGCUCGAACCAUUGACGUUCACGGACUUCCAGUGGAUGCCCGUUCCCUCGACCGGGCGAUUGCCGAAACCGCAUUGCAAUGUGCUCAUGGCACAACUGCGGGACUACUUGCACACUGCAGUACCAGCUCCGUUGAUGGACGCCGGAGCAGAGGUUGUCGACCUUCACGUUUACAUCGCGAAGAUCGACCGCGAGUUCAAGACGCAACGGAAGGCCCAGCCUACGCAAGUCACAUUGGCGGACGGUCACACGCACAAAUCAAUCGACCGGUGCAUUGACGACGUCCCAAUGUACGUUGCCCCUCACGCAAGUGAGGCGGUGUCCUUUGACAUUCUGGACACCAAAUUCGACAUGAUCUUGGGCAUGUCAUGGCUGCGAAGCAAGGAUCACCCGGUGAACUUCUUCAACCGCACCGUUCACGUUCGUGAUCGGAACGGGGUAUUAGUUCCAUGCACGGUGCCUCUUCCUCAUCCUUCGAUCAGCUGCCACGUGGUAUCCACCGCAAGCAUGCGAGCUUCCAUCAUCAAAGACGACAUCGAGGAGAUGGGGUUGUGUUUUCUCCACGCCCUCCCGCCCCAUGACGCUUCAUCGACGGACUCACCUUCGGAUGCACGCGUCACCGAACUUCUCGACGCCUACAGCGACGUGUUCGAAGGCCCGCACAGAGUAGUACCGGAUCGACCCAUCCGCCACGAUAUCAUCCUCGAGGACAAGGUCGUACCUCCGCGCGGUUGCAUCUACCGAAUGAGCGAGGAAGAGUUAAGUGUGCUUCGGGCACAACUCGACGACCUUCUAGAGAAAGGCUGGAUUCGGCCCAGCUCAUCGCCAUACGGUGCUCCUGUUCUCUUCGUCCGGAAGAAGAACAAGGACCUGCGGUUGUGCAUCGAUUAUCGCAAGCUCAACGCGCAGACGAUCAGGAACGCCGRCCCUCUCCCACGCAUCGACGACCUUCUUGAGCGAUUGGGCGGCGCCCAGUUCUUCUCUUAGCUGGAUCUCAAGUCAGGGUACCACCAACUCGAGAUUCGCAAGGAGGAUCGCUACAAGACCGUGUUCAAGACACGGAGUCCGGCACAACAAUGAAACCAAGUUCGGCUC